AUGUCCGCACACGAUAAGAGUCUGGCAUACCCCUUCUCCAUCCCGAUGAGGAUGUAUCGGGAACAGCGUGAGCGGCUGGGGGCGUCGCUCCAGCAGGCGUUCCCGGAGGGUGGCCACGCGGCAGUGCUGCAGGCUGCCUCUGAGGUGCCCGUGAACUCGACAGACUGCAACUAUCUCUUUGUGCAGGAGAGCUACUUCUACUACCUCUUCGGUGCGGCGAUGCCGGACGCGUACGGCGCCGUGCUCCCGGGCGGCAAGGGAAUUCUCUUCAUUCCGCGGCUGCCAGCGGAUUAUGCAACGUGGAUGGGCCCACUGCCGACUCCGCAUGGAGUGAAGGAGCAGCUAGAGAUGGAUGAGGUGUACUACGCGGACGAGAUGGAGCAGGUGCUGCGGUGCUGUGGGGUUCACACUGCUGAGGUCUUGAAGGGCACAAACACCGACAGCGGUCUUGAGGUGCUGCAGGCGAAGCUGCCUGAGGGGACGGCGCUGAGCAAGUCCACCGACUACCUUUAUCGCGUGCUGAGCUCACAGCGCUGCUACAAGACGGCACUGGAGGCUGACGUGCUUCGGUAUGUGUGUAAGGUGUCGAGCGCCGCGCACGUCAAGGUGAUGCAGAUUGCAAAACCCGGCAUGUCGCAGCACCAUCUCGAGUCUACCUUUCUCCACGACGUGUACUACAAUGGCGGCUGCCGGCGUGUGAGCUACACGUGCAUCUGUGCCACAGGCCCCCACGGUGCCACACUGCACUACCCCGACAAUAACUGCGUGAUCGAAGACGGCACAAUGGCGCUGCUGGACAUGGGCGGUAACUACCGCGGCUACGCCGCCGAUAUCACCUGCAGUUUCCCCGUGAACGGCAAGUUCACUGAGGAGCAGAAGGUGAUUUACAACGCGGUGCUCGACGCACACGACAAGGUGAUGCACGCGAUGAAGCCCGGUGUGAAGUGGGUCGACAUGCAUCUGCUCGCCAUCCGCACAACCUGCACACACCUGAUCGCUGCAGGUAUUCUCAAGGGUGACAUCGACACGCUCAUGGCGAAAGAAAUUAUGCAGUACUUUCAGCCACACGGUCUCGGUCACCUUGUCGGCAUGGACGUGCACGACGUUGGCGGCUACAUGGAGGGCUGUCCAGAGCGACCGAUUAAGAAGGAUUGCUGCCGCCUGCGUACUGCGCGUACCAUCGAGGAGGGGCUCUACAUCACCAUAGAGCCUGGCUGCUACUUUAACGCAGCGCUUCUGGAGAUGGCGAAGGCAAAUGCUGAUGUCAAGGAGCAUUUGAACAUGGAAAAGAUCGAGGCGUACGCGCAAUUUGGUGGCGUGCGCAUCGAGAGCGACGUCCUGGUGACGGAGGACGGCGUGGUGAACUACACUACUGUGCCGCGCACGGUGGAAGAGAUCGAGAGCACUAUGGCGGGCGCGCCUUUCAGGAAGGAGGUGGAGGUGUAUCACAACUGA